CCGAGACGGCAUAACAUUCUUAAGAACCCUCUUCCGAGCGGUAUCGAUUGAUUUUGCUUCCAGUUUUCUGAUCAACGAAUCGAAGUAUAUCAAACUGAAGCGAAAAAACUAAACAGUGGUAGGAGUAGAAGAGAAGGACAUCAUGAACUUGAAUGCGAACUCGGUGGAUUCACUGGUGGCUGAAAUUCAAGGGUUUUCGGGAAGUUCUCAAGACGUAAAUCACUUGAACAAUCUUCUGAAGCAAUCUGAGGACGUUAUACGCUCUCAGGCUGCAACUUUUGCUUCAUGUCUCACUCAACUUGACCCUUCCAUUCAUUCCCUUGGUUACCUCUACAUUCUGGAAGCAUGUACAGCAGGUCCAAUUCCAGAAGCACAAGCAAACGAACUUGUUCUUUCUGUUGUCAGAUUCAUUGAUGUAUGCAGUGUAGCACAGAUCCGCUUGGUGCCUGACAAAUUUAUAUCCAUUUGUAAAAGAUUGCAUGAACAAGUUAUGAUUCUUGGUGCCCCUAUGAGAGCAGUGGCUCCUCUCUUAACUGCUAUCCGCAAGAUUCAACCAUCCUCAGAACACUUAACUCCUUUACACCCAGACUUUCUUCAAGUCUGUUUAUUAUCAAAGUGUUAUAAAACUGGUUAUAGCAUCUUGGAGGAUGAUGUAUACGAAGUUGAUCAACCAAGGGACUUUUUCCUAUACUGCUAUUACGGGGGGAUGAUUUGCAUAGGACAAAAACGUUUUGCCAAAGCAUUGGAACUCUUCCACAAUGUGGUAACUGCUCCUAUGUCUUCCAUGAACGCGAUAGCUGUUGAAGCAUACAAGAAAUACAUACUGGUUUCACUCAUUCACCUUCGCCAGUUUUCUGCCACUUUCCCCAAGUAUACUUCUUCGGUUGCUCAAAGGAACUUAAAGAACUUCUCUCAGCCCUACAUUGAGUUGGCAAAUAGUUACAGCACUGGAAAUAUUUCAGAACUUGAAGCAUUUGUGGUAGCAAAUCAAGAGAAGUUUGAGAAUGGAAACAAUCUUGGAUUGGUAAAGCAGGUUGUGUCAUCUAUGUAUAAAAGGAAUAUUCAGAGGUUGACUCAGACAUAUUUGACUUUAUCCCUUCAAGACAUAGCCAACACUGCACAGAUAAGUACUGCUAAGGAGGCUGAAAUGCAUGUACUUGAAAUGAUUGAGGAUGGUGAGAUCUAUGCAACUAUCAACCAGAAGGAUGGCAUGGUUAGAUUCCUUGAGGAUCCUGAGGAAUACAAAACAUGUGAGAUGAUUGAGCAUAUUGAUUCAUCGAUCUCAAGAAUCAUGAAACUGUCAAAGAAGCUGACAACAAUGGAUGAGUCUAUGGCAUGUGAUCCCCUUUAUCUGUCCAAGGUUGGGAGAGAGCGACAACGGUUUGACUUUGAUGAUUUUGAUGGUGUUCCUCAGAAGUUCAACUUAUGAGAGAGAUUUUAGUUGCCAUGAUCUUUGAUUAUAUAAUUUUUGUUUUUCACUGAGAGACAACAUAUGCAAUCAAUACUUGUGGAAUCUUAUUACCGUUGGCCUUUUAAUCAAGUCUUUUUUUGUGGGAA